AAACACACAAGCGCAAACCAAUGUUUAUCAAAAUCUUUAUUUUGAUUAUCGCCUGCGGAGUACUUUAUAAAUUCUUGCGUUCCCACGGCUGCGGCGCGUCGUGCCAGAGGUCGCUGCGCGCAGUCGACCCUUCCACCAUCUGCCAAUGCGCGUGCGCGACGUGCCCCUGCUCGCCGUUACAAGCCUUCGAUUUUAUCCCGAAGACAUUGGAGUAUUAUUACAAUCAAGGAAAAGAUCGCCUAAGGGAGUUACAGCAACAGAAUGCUCCAAGACGACCCACUCAAUCUACGGCUGUCGGAACAAAAAGUUCACAAUACUCAUCGAUCACGCUGACAUCGCCCUUAGUAAUUGAGGAGUCCCAUCGAGCUUCACACCACAAUUUUGAGCCCUCUUUCUCCACGCUGGAGGCCGAAAGAGGCCGUAGAGAAUCCAAACCUUCAACGAGCAAAAUAGAGGAACCCGCCAAGAUUCCGGCGGUGUGCAAUAAAUGCAAGUCUAAAGGCAUGACUUGCAUGCGAUCCUGUCCUAGAGCUAAAAAGAAUGUUAACACUGCUAGCAAUACGGACUCAAGUUAAGCGA